UUAGCAUAAAUUUUAGUUCACAGUAAAACUUCCAACAAAAUGGUCAAGCUAAACUUUUCAUGGGAACGUAAGUUUCUCACGGUAGGUAUUUUAAUGUCAGUAAUUAGUCAGCGAAACUCAACAGAGGUCAAUAAUUCGCCCGAAGACAUGGCAAGGAUCGGAAAUUGGUUUAAUAAUCUGGCCAACCGACCCACCCCAAUUUCAAGACCUACAGCCAACCCCCGCCAUCCCCUGGAUCCAUUAACCUCUCCUGAAAUACGGCUGGCCUCCCAGCUAAUUCGAUCCUACUUCUCCACCGUUCCAAUUCUCGUCUUUUGCACCGUGACGCUAAAAGAACCCCCUAAAUCUGACCUUCUCCCCUACUUCUUGUCCGACACGACACCCCCACUCACAUCCAGGGUAGCGUUUGCCAGCGUGAUUAACCCCUUGACACAAACAGGGUAUGAAAUCUUGGUGGACUUACUGCACAAAAAGGUGACAAGUGUGGUCGAAUUGGAGCCCGGGACACCACUGAUGUUCGCCAUGGAUGAAGGUGUGGAUAUUCGAGAGGUCGUUUUGGCAGAUCCUAACGUCCAGGCGAGGAUGGAAGCGAUGGGGUUGACAAAUAUGUCGCUGGUAUUUCCCCUACCUGGCGAUUUCGGCUAUGCCGGCGAUCGUCCGGAAUACUUGGGGAAAAGGAUUUCCCAAGUCUUCAUAACUUUUCAGAUCGUCCCACACGACAAUUACUAUGCUCACCAAGUCGGAUUUGUCGCCAUUGUUGACAUCCUCGCCAAGAAGAUGCUUGCUAUCGAAGAACUUCCAACCCAUCUCGGUUUCGCCGUUAGUCAAGCCCCCCUCGGUGAUACUACUGCCCCACUCACCAUGCACAACUACGACCCCACCCUCCUUCCCCCCGACUUUUUCCGGAAAGACGUCCGCCCAAUCCAAUUCACUCAAUUAGGUGGACCAUCUUACAAAGUGUCCGGGAAUAAAGUCGACUGGCAAAAAUUCAGUUUUAGAGUUGGAUUUAACGCUCGCGAAGGCCUAGUUCUGCAUCAUGUCAAUUACAACGACAACGGUGCAGUUAGACCGCUACUGUAUCGUGCCGCACUUUCAGAACUUUUCGUCCCGUAUGGUGACCCAAGACCGCCGUACCAUAGAAAAAUGAUUUAUGACGCUGGUAAAUACGGCAUUGGCCAGACUGCCGUCUCACUUCGACCCAACGUCGACUGUAAGGCGGGAUCCGUGUAUUUUUUCGAUGCCGUCGUUUCCAACAAGGCCGGCCUCCCGGUCACAAUUCCUUCCGCGAUUUGUAUGUAUGAAGACGAUGUCGGCGUUUUGAUGAAGAAAUACAACGCUAAGGAUAGAAGAGCUUACACUGUUAGAAAACAGCGCCUUGUUCUAACUUUUACUUCUUCCGUGGGAAAUUAUGACUACGAGUGGAGAUGGAUUCUACAUCAGGAUGCCUCAAUUCGAAUGGAGGUUAAUUUGCAAGGAAUUGAUGCCCCGGUAUUUCUAGCAAGUUUCAAUAGUGAUGAUCCCCUGCCGAAGCAUGGUACCGUGCUAACAGGUACUCCCGGAGUGCUGGCACCGAAUCAUCAGCAUUUAUUCGUAGUUCGGUUAGACACAGAGAUUGAUGGGAAUGAAAAUACUGUUGCGAUGACAGAUGUCGUGCCGGAUGGUCCAACCGGAUCACCCCAAAACCCUUACGGAAAUGGAAUCACGGCAAUUCCCACAAUUUUGAAGACACCAUCCCUCGCCAGAACAAAUGCCAACGCUGUAACCUCCAGAUCUUGGCACAUUUACGGAAAUCUUGAUAAGAAACAUCCUUACUCCCACACUCCUAUGGGUUAUCAUCUCAUCGCAGGUAACCCAAUCCAUCUUAUGAUGAAUGUCGAUAGUCCGCUCCAUGCAGAGUGUGCCUUUGUCGAUUACACCGUAUGGGUCACGUCCUACGAGGAGGAUCAACUAUACGCGGGAGGUAGGUAUCUUAACAAUUCAGGAUUGCCGGAAUGGGUCGCGGCAGCGCCGGAUUCAAACUUGGUGGGGACGGAUAUCGUUUUAUGGCAUGUUUUCGGAGUAACGCAUAUCCCCGUGGUGGAAGAUUUUCCGGUCAUGUCGAGCGAAACUGUAGGCUUCUGGUUGAAACCGGUCAACUUUUUCUUGACCAAUCCCGCCCGUGACGUGCCAGGAUUUGUGCAUGAGAUCAGAAAUUAA